GUCGGGCGGAUGGUGCGGGUGGUUUGCGCCCUGUCGGGCGGCGUGGACAGCGCCGUGGCCGCGCUGCUGCUCCGUCGGAGAGGUUACCAGGUGACGGGAGUGUUUAUGAAGAACUGGGACUCUCUGGACGAACACGGAGUCUGCACCGCCGACAAGGACUGCGAAGACGCCUACAAGGUGUGCAAGGUGUUGGAUAUCCCCUUUCACCAAGUGUCCUAUGUGAAGGAAUACUGGAACCAGGUGUUCAGCGACUUCUUAAGCGAGUAUGAGAAAGGAAGGACUCCCAACCCCGACAUCUUGUGCAACAAGCACAUCAAGUUCCAUUCUUUUCUGCACUAUGCCGUGGAUAGCCUCGGGGCCGACGCCAUCGCCACUGGUCAUUACGCCAGGACUUCUCAGGAGGACGACGAGGUCUUCCAGCAGAAAUAUCAGAAGAGACCCCAGGGGCUGUUCAGAGACCGGUUUGAGGUCCGGAAUGCCGUGAGACUUCUGCAAGGCGCCGACCGCGUCAAAGACCAGACUUUCUUCCUCAGCCAAGUGUCCCAGGACGCCUUGAGACGGACCAUCUUCCCCCUGGGAGGCCUCACGAAAGGGUUCGUGAAGAAGCUGGCGGCCGAGAACGGGCUCCAGCACGUGCUUCAGAAGAAAGAGGUCCGCCAGCCCCGCUUCCCCCGUGUUCUUGCCGGAACUGAGCUGUGUCCAUCAGCCUUGGGGGGGGGUCCCCGCUUGAGCCACCCCCCUCCACCAGUGGAGCGGGGAGAUGGGGGAAAGACCCUUUUAUCAGACUGCUCUUCCUCCCUGCCCCUCCUCCCGAUUCCUUUUUUCCAGAGCAUGGGAAUCUGUUUCAUCGGGAAAAGAAACUUUGAAAGUUUCAUUCUGGAGUAUCUGCAGCCACGUCCAGGGAAAUUCAUUUCCAUCGAAGACGGCUCAGUCCUGGGCACACACAAUGGCUGGUUCCUGUUCACGCUGGGUCAGAGGGCGAAAAUCGGCAGCCAGAACGUCGCGUGGUUUGUGGUGGAAAAGGACGCCCUGUCAGGAGACAUUUUCGUGGCCCCGGGCACGGACCACCCUGCCCUGUACCGGGACCUGCUGCGCACCAACCGCGUGCACUGGAUGGCCGAGGAGCCCCCGGCCCCGCUCGUCAGGGACAAAAUGAUGGAGUGCACCUUCCGCGUCCGUCAUCAGAUGGCACUAGCCCCGUGCGUGCUGACCCUCAACCAGGAUGGAACCGUCUGGGUGACGUCCGUCAAGCCGGUGCGGGGGCUGACGCCGGGCCAGUUUGCCGUGUUCUACAAGGGAGACGAGUGCUUGGGCAGCGGGAAGAUCGUGCGCCUGGGUCCCUCCGCCUACACGCUGCAGCGGGGCCGGCGCGCGGCCCCCGCGGCCACCAGAGAGGCGGAGGACGCCGAAAGCUAAGCGGGGGGAGGGAGGGUGGGCUGCGCACCAGGGAAUGGUCACAUCUGGGCCGGGGCAGGGGUCACCAUCGCUCGCUCUGGGGUUGAACCUCCAUAAGUGCUCACCCGCAGGAAGGCAGGCUGAACGGGGCUGGGAUUCCCCACCCCGGCCCGACGGCGUCAGUCGGGGCCUCCCGGAGUCCGGGGACCAGCCAGGCCUGGACAGAGGGAGAGGCGAGGGGAACCGACGGACGGAGGGGAGCCGGCCCCUUCUGUUUGCUGGAACGGUGGAGCCGCGGAAAGAGCGUUUCUGAAAGGCCCCCCCUUCCCAGCAAAGGAAGACGUGACCAUCCUUGGCUCUGGAUUCCGGGGCACGUGUUCUCACCGCCGCCUAAAAGAAAGGUCCCCGGAAAGCCCCCUCCGGGCCGGGCCCCGCCAGCAGCAGGACCGGCUCGGAAUCUCCUCCAACCCUUCGGGAGCCGGGCUAGCUUCCCGACCCACGCAACCUCCA